CUAUACUUACCUCCUUGAUAUAUUUAUUAUAACUCGAUGAUUAGUAGCUUGAACCCUAAUGAUAUCUUCAAUUCUUGUUUGCUCAUGAUGCCAUUUCGAAUGAAUGGAAGAGGUCACUUGAUUUCCUUAUUAGUGGAUAACACUAGACCGUAUGUCUAUGAUGUGUACACGCAUGCAUAUUUGUGAACCUAAUCAUUAGUGGAAUCUCAAUCCAUUAGUAGUUUUCUUCAUCCUCUCUACUCCAGCAGAGACGCAUUACUUGGCACUCAACUCAAAACAAAACCUCUUCAGCAUCCAACUUCUGCACUUACGAAAUGACAAAGUCAGAAAUCUAAAUGAACGAACUUAUUUGAACCGUGAUAAAUGGGAAAGAAAAUUACUAUUUUACUUUCUAAAUUUGUUAUGAAUUUUAGCAUUUCCGUCGAACUUUUGCAUGAAUAACACUGCAAGAACCCCUUCAUUUCUCUCCCAAGCCUCAACUUUGAAGGUUAGCAACUUCGUCUCUGAGAAUCAUGCACGUUCGUGAUAAUUGUACAGAACGCUUUCGUACUAUCGCCAUUCUUGCUCUCCCCUGCUUUUUCAAAUCCAUUUCUUACCCGACAGGCAGCAAGCAAGCAAUGGGUCCAUUAUUCCAUAUGGGGAAGGACGAAUUGAUGAUUGAAUGCCCCAGCCAGCUAACAUUCAUCAAGACGAGAAAAAAGGAAGCAGCUUUUUCUCACACCUUUUUUUUUAUGAAGUAAAAAAUUAGAAGAAAGGAACACUCUGUCUGCGAUCAUCAUCUUCCACACCCAACCACCAAUAAAAUAAAACCUACAACAAUGGUAGCCGUCUUCAACAAAGAUCUGCUCAGUUGGUACCUCAUCACCCUCAAGCUCCGCGAAACCGUCGAAUCCGCCGCCGCCGCCGCCGCCGAUUCCCAUUCUCCCGCCGCUCCCCUACUCCUCGAAUACCCACAACAACCACCACCACCACCGCCACCAAUCGAUCAAUCCAAACCGCCGUCGCCGGAUUCCGAUUGGGUCAUAUCCAUCAAUGACAAACUCACCCAGGCUCGGAUCGACGACGCAUCCGCCUCAUGGGAGCGUUUCUGCAUCUACAGAGUCCCCCACUACCUCCGCGAAGAAGACGACAAGGCCUACGCCCCACAAUUGGUCUCUCUGGGGCCGUACCACCACGCCAAGAAGCGGCUCCGGAAAAUGGAGCGCCACAAAUGGCGGUGCCUCCACCGGGUCCUGACCCGAACCGAUCACGACAUCCGCCUCUACCUCGACUCCGUCAGGGAGCUCGAAGACCGGGCCCGCUCCAGCUACGAGGGCGGCUCGGCGGCGAUCUCGAUGGGCAGCAACGAGUUCGUCGAAAUGCUGGUCCUCGACGGCUGCUUCGUCAUCGAGCUUCUCAGGGGCGCGGCGGAAGGGUUUCGGGACCUAGGGUAUUCGCGAAACGACCCCGUUUUCGCGAUGAGGGGAUCGAUGCACUCGAUCCAGAGGGAUAUGAUCAUGCUGGAGAAUCAGAUCCCACUUUUCGUGCUGGACAGGUUGAUGGGUCUUCAGCUGAACGAACCUGACCAGACCGGUAUCGUGGCCAGGCUAGCGAUCCGGUUCUUCGACCCGUUGAUGCCCACGGAUGAACCGUUGUCGAAAUCGGAUCGAACUCGGUUGGAGUCCUCCCUCAGGACUCUGUCCUCGUUCGAUCCGUUGUCCGACCUGGGAGGCCUGCACUGUCUGGAUGUGUUCAGGAGGAGCCUGCUCCGGUCAGGACCAAAACCGGUGCAGCGAAUCUGGAUCAGGAAGCGAUCCCACAGCGAGCGAGUCGUGGACAAGCGACGACAGCAGCUGAUACAUUGCGCGAUCGAGCUGAAGGAUGCCGGGAUCAAGUUCAAGAGGAGGAGGACAGACAGGUUCUGGGACAUCAGGUUCAAGAACGGAGUGCUGAAGAUGCCCAGGAUCUUGAUCCACGACGGGACGAAAUCGCUGUUCCUCAAUCUGAUUGCAUUCGAGCAGUGCCACUUGGACUGCAGCAACGACAUUACGUCGUACGUGAUCUUCAUGGACAACCUGAUCAACUCCCCCGAGGAUGUCGCGUACCUGCACUACUGUGGGAUUGUGGAGCACUGGCUUGGAAGCGAUGCCGAGGUUGCCGAUCUCUUCAACCGGUUGUGUCAGGAGGUGGUCUUCGAUGUCAACAACAGCUACUUGGCACGAAUGUCGGAGGAGGUGAAUCAGUAUUACAACCACAGGUGGAACGCCUGGCGAGCGAGCUUGAAGCACAAGUACUUCGGCAAUCCAUGGGCGAUUAUCUCUUUGUUUGCUGCGGUUGUUCUCUUGGUGCUUACUUUCACGCAGACCUUCUAUGGUGUUUACAGCUAUUAUAGGCCUACGCCCUGAAACUCCCCGGCGAUUUUUGUUUUUGUUUUCGUUGGUUGGUUCGAUUUUUUCGCUGUCCUGACAAAAGAGGUUCUGGUUUUUCAGGACUCAAAUAUUUUGGGCGUGUAUGUAUGAUAAGCAGAAGUAGUUUGAGAAGGAUUUGCUUUGCUAUAGAUAAUGAGAGAGGAGCAAAGCCAGCCAACUCCAAGCAUUGUUUUUUAUAUGAAAUGAGAAAUGUUAAGCUUCUACAAGGGAAAUGCAAGGUUAGGACUCGUUUCUGCAAACCAAAUGAAAAAAGUGUUUGCUGCUGCAUCAGUUCAGUUCAAUUCAACAACCAAGCUUUGAAACAACUAGCCAGAAAAGAGACAUCCAGCAAUCCGAAAAUCAUACAACUACUAGAGAUUCUUUACAUCUAAAUUUCAUCAACCGAGUAAAUGAAUCACAUUAGGAUCAACAAGGAGGCUGAAUCUGGCCUUAGAGAAUUCACUUUAUGCUUCUCUAAACUAGUAUAGACAUAUAAAAAUUCACAGUGGUGCGAUAUAAACGAGUACAAAAUGCGUAAAUGAAACCGAAAGUUAAAA